AUGGCCGAAGUCAACCCCAACCAGCCCACCACCGAGAUCCUGUUCAAGGACAUUGUCGUCAGAAGACUUGCGACCGACCCACAGACCCUCAAGGACUUCUUCUUCGACCGCUGUAUCACCACCAAGGGGCCAGGAGAAGCUCCACGCCGUCUAUGCCCUCCUCAUGGAAGGCAUGGACCCGGCACAGAAGGUCCAUGUCUUUCCCUGCAAACCCUCCUCAUCGACCUCGACUUCACCCCGCGCGAGAUCGAGGGCUGGCUGGCGCAGGGCCACCUCGGCCGCAACAUCGUGAUGCACCUUGAGAAUAACCUAGGCAAAAUCCCAGAGUCCCUGAUGAUGUGGUUGAUGGCGCACAUCUGGAUCUUCGGUCUCGAGCCCGGUGCCGCUCUGCAGGAGGAUGUGCCCGUCUUCAAGUUCUCGGAUGAAGAUAAGGAGUUUUUGGGGCAGUUUGAUGCUCCGCCAGAGUGGGCUGGCAUGCGUACCCUGGAGAUCGAGUCUGCGAUGGAGUGGGAGCUUGAGAUUGUUAGGUCGUUGGCGCGUGUGAGGGCCGUGACGGAGCCGAAGGGAUUUCUGAAAAAGUGGCUAUUGGGUCCGGAGGAGGAGGAGGAGGAGGAGUAUCCUUUGACGUGUGAGCGGUGCCUUGAGCCCGAUAAUUGGAGGAAGUUGUACUCGAGCUGGGAAUGGCGGCAGAAGAUUGCGGACAUGUGGUAUGGCUCGCCGCGGACAGAUUGGAUGAAGAAAUGA